CAAAACAGUCCCGCGGCCUGUCCUGCCCACCCGCCGGUCCCUCCGGUCCUGCCCGUCCCGUGCCCAGCCUGUGACCCCUCUUCUCAGCGUUGAAGUGACCUUCCUCCGCAAGGAUGCUGGUGCUCUUGGCCUUCAUCAUUGUGUUUCACAUCACCUCCGCUGCGCUGCUUUUUAUUUCUACCAUUGACAAUGCCUGGUGGGUAGGAGAGGGAUUUUUCACAGACAUCUGGAGAGUGUGUCUAAACUCCACUAACUGUACAGAAAUCAAUGACACUUACCAAGGUUAUCAAACUCUCCAGGCUGUUCAGGCCACGAUGAUCCUGUCUACCAUCCUGUGCUGUGUCGCUCUGUUGAUCUUCGUUCUCCAACUCUUCCGCCUGAAGCAAGGAGAGAGAUUUGUUUUAACAUCCAUCAUCCAGCUGCUGUCAUGUCUGUGUGUCAUGAUCGCAGCAGCUAUUUAUACGGACCAGCACGAAGAACUGCACAGGAAAAAUUCGGAACUUUAUAAGGAAAUAGAUGGAGGGAAAUACGGCUAUUCCUUCAUCCUAGCCUGGAUUGCCUUUGCAUUUACCUUCAUCAGCGGGAUCAUGUACCUCGUAUUGAGAAAGCGCAAAUAAACAGCAGGGGGUUAGCUAUCUCUACGGUCACCGCACAGCACCAAAAUUCCAAUAACCGUUUUGUAUAUAAUCAUUUUUUGUGAAUCUGUAGCAGAGGUAUUGUUUUUUCUUUUUUUUUUUUUUUUUUGUUUUUAAAGUGCUGUGUUCUUGACAUCAGAUCUGAAGACUAUGAAUAGCAGUGCAGGGGUACUGGAAUAAUUAUAGCCGGCCAAUAGCCUGACCAAGCAAAAAGCAAAAUCCAAUUUCCUCAGUGUGGCGUUCUGUAACUUGAUGUAGUUAUUGUUUGACUAGACACUAACAACCCCAGGUAACGGCUUCCCUCUGCUAGGCUCACUCGAUCAAACACAUUUCCGUGCGGUUACUUAACCAGUUACGGACUGGCAUAUGCCUAGACAGCUAGAAGAAGAUGGAAGCGCUGUGAUUCUUUUUAAUAGAGCCAAGGUGGGAAUUCUCCAAGCCCAGUUUGUUUGCGUGAGUCUCUCUGUGUGCCAGCAGACAGACCGUUUUAUCCUGGGGAAUGGGGCAUGGGAGAUUAUUGGAAACGCCAUUGAUGUACCCACUGCUUGCUGGGGAAAAGUAGAAACUUUGACUUUUUUUUUGUACUCUUGAGUGUGGUUUCUGCUGUUCUCAUGCUAGGUGUGCAGAACUACCUCAAGAAGUUACAGAGUCUCUUCAACUGGAGGAUUUUCCUCAAGUAGGUACUAAUCACGGGCACCUUGGCAAAAAUACAUGAUGCCCACAAUGUUAAGGCCCCCGCUGGGCAGUGGAAGCACUUAUUAACUUUGGGACUGAUUUGGUUUUAUCCUGAGAUUUCUUUUUUUUCCCCUACCAAAUUUCAGGGGGUGUCCUUACUUUCCCAAAGAAGAAAAGGAGGCCUGUAGCGGGGAGAGGGAGUAAAUGACCAUUAGCACUUAAUAUGAAGGUGAGGGAUGGGAUUUAGCCCCUGUGCUGGUCAUCUGUGCAUACGGCAAGUGGUGCUUUCAGGCCUGCCUUGGGUGCAGUCAACUCUCGAUUAUCUGUGGUCAGAGACGGGUGGGGAUGGUGCGAGAGGGAUGAGAUAACCCAGAAACCUGAGAUCUAUGACAAGUCGCAUACUCAUUUUAUCCAAUGGUUUCUUCAUCAUCUUCUGCUCAAUCUUCUACUGGUGUGGCUAGCCAAUAGCAAAAAAAAAAAAAAAGAAUCCAUGGAAUAGAAUUUCACCUUCUCGUCUUACCCUUCCUACUCUUCAUUUUGGGCGAUGAAAUCCAAAGGCAGCAACAGGAGGGAAGAGGAGAAGCAAGCAGUCUGGAUAAUCCACAAGCCUCCCAGAUAAUCGAGAACUGGCUGUACUCCAGUACCCUCUUUGGAUAAAUAUACAUAUUUAGAUGAGCCUACAUAUGUCUACUCAACUCAGUAUGAUGGCAUUUAUUAAGCUGUAUACUGUAUCUGAUACACGUAUAAUACAUGUUUUGUAAUCUUCCAUUGAA